GUGGAAGCCAGGAAGGUGGAACUUCAAGCCCAGAAUCAGUGGCGGCUGCGUGAAUUGAGUUCCACCUCCUGUGAGCGCAUUAGGCAUAGCCAUUGGAACUUGGAAGACUCUGUGCUGCUCACUCUGGCUCCGUCCUGCACAAAGCUGUAUCUUCACCAGGAUCUGUGCAAGCGUUUUCGCCUACACUAGUCGGAAGCGAUCGUGAGCAGAGAACGAAGAUCAUCUGUGAUGAUGAUCUAUUCUCAUGACACAACAUUGUAGUUGCAUAGUCACUUGCGUCCCAGCUCCUCUUCAAUAUUGCAACUCUUCAUUCUGGUCAUGUUUGCUCCUCCAUUUCACUUUCACUGGCGCCUCGUCUACGUCGUCCUCAGUGCAUUCGUCAUAUGCGCAAGCACAGCUCAUGAGUGCUUCUCAGAGGAGCUUCUGGUGCGGCCCCUGCCAGGCGGAAAGGUGCUUAUUCACUUCCACUUUGUGAGUCAGCUGGGAAGUGGUGCAAAUCGCCACCACAAGCUCUUCUCAAAGGCGGUGGAUCAAUUGGUUCGAAAGUUCUCCCUUCAGGAGCUAGAGCUUAGCUUCACCCAGGGUCGGUGGGACUAUACAAGAUGGGGGGCUGCAGAGGGGAUUGCCCCCCUCGCUGCCAAACCCCCUGGAGUAGAGCUGUGGUCGCGGUUGAGCGCUGAGUCUGAAGCGGAGGCCGAUGCCACCUGGCGGAAUCUGACGCACGCCCUGUCCGGCAUUUUCUGCGCGUCUGUCAAGGCGCUCGCCGACCCCGCCACAAAAGUUGUUCCCAUUUUAUCCUUCCAAAAAAAAGGCGCAGACUGGCGAACCCAUUUGCUCGCCGCAGCAACGAGAGCUCCCUCUGAAGGAGAGAAAGGCGAUGCUGAGAACGAGUGUGGGGGGACGGCUGCUGGAAGAACCUUGGAAACCUGUUCGCUUGGGGCGGGGAACAAAGAGGGCAUCCGGUUGGGGCACACGAGAUACGGAGCGCUUCCUCGCGAGGCAGUCUGCACCGAGAAUUUGACGCCCUGGCUGAAGCUUCUGCCGUGCCGAGAUAAAGCGGGGCUGGCGACGCUUCUGGAGCGCCGCAGAGUGUACGGGGGCAGCUACCACGCGCUCCAAGUGCACAUAUGGGCGGGGGGCGCACCGGCUGCUGACGUCAGGACGGCGUCAGCGUCCGGAAGCUGUCUGGAACCCGCGACCGGAGCGGGCCGAGAGUGGAGCGGCGACAGAGGAUGUGAAGGAGCUUCGUCGGGUGACGUCGGCGGAAGGGGGGAUGAUGUCAGCGCCAGAGCUCGCGGAGGAAUUGUGCUGGAGCAGACGCUGACGCUCGUGCUGGACGUUGGAGAGGGGGUGGGCAUCCCAAACGAGAACCCUGCUGGGGGUGUGGGGCAUAUGGCGAGCAAGCAGGCGGUUUCUCUGGCUGACGUGUUUGGGAGGGAGUUGACUGGGAGCUGUCCCUUGGCUGACGUCAGCCGGAUCUACACAGAAGGCCGGCGAGUCGACUACUUUGGAGAGGGGUUUAGCGGAGCGUCGGUGAACCCGCAGCCAAAGUGGGUUUGGUCGGCGGAGGGCAGGUCGAAAACCCUGCUUGAAUACGACUUGAAACGGGCCACUCUGGGGCAGCCCUUGAACGUUUCGCUUCCCUACGACGGGGCAAAUCAACCAGCGGCCGAACGAGCGCCGUUCGAGGUAUCACGGUUUGUGACGGGGCACGGACUGGAACGGGGGGGCAUUCGCUUAGAGUUGACCAGGCUUGCGGGGGGGGAGGGAAAAACGGUGGUCCGUUAUUUCCAGCUUUUACCGUGGUUCAUCCGGGUUUACUUCCAUACGCUAAGGCUGGAGAUGGAUGGACGCCACGUGGCGCUCUCUGAUUGGACGGAGAGGGCGAGCCUGGUGCCGGCAAAGGAUCGGGAGCGGCAGGCAGUGAUGGAACUGGAGCUGCGAAUACCUGCUGACGUGAAACGGGUGGUGCUGUCGAUGGAGUUCGACAAGGGCUACCUGCGGAUCGAGGAGCAUCCCCCAGAUGGCGACCGGGGAUUUGACCUCCCGUCCGCCAUUGUCACGUUUCCGUCCGUUUCUGGGGGGGUGGCCUAUCGGAUGUCUGACGGCGAUUCGACCGGUGGGGAUUCUCGGGGGCUGGAGGGCCGGCCGCUGCUAGCCAGAAUGCAGGCGGACCUCCCUGUUCGCGUGUACACGAGCGGCCUGCUCAUCCCGCUCGCGACUCCCGACUUCAGUAUGCCGUACAAUGUCGUCACGCUGACGUCAACCGUGAUCGCCAUGAUUUUCAGCAGCCUGUUCAAUACGCUGCUCCAGAGGGAAGCCGGGAAGCCCGCCGGUAACGCCGCCCCUGAUGAUCCAAUGGGCAGGGAUCCGAUCGGUGAAAAGCAGCGCACCAGAUCUUUGCCCAUAGCCACGUUGUGGAAAACAUUCGCCAGGUUGUGGAACAUGUGGGUCGACCUUACAGUCAACUCGUGAACAAUAGCAAGUUCCAAAGAACACUGCUCUUCUGUGGAGGUCGAUUCAAAGAGGAACUUCACUCACGAUUCACAGUUGGAACCAAGCAAUGCAUACAUCAUUGCAU